CGUCUCUCCUCACAGGAAUACCAGCAGGCCAGCAUCAAGAAAGGAGCAUGGCCCCCUCUUCAGAAAUGCCAGUCACACCCUCAUGCGGAAAGAGUAUAGUGCCCUCACUAGGAAUGGCACUCAGGCCCAGGGAGCGAAAGAGCCCAGGCUUCUCCCAAAAAAGGCCAGCAAGGCACCACCAGAGAAAGAACAUGGCAUUCCAUCGGCAAACACCAGUUGGUCACUGACACGGCAAAAGCAAGGCAUCUCACAGAGAAAUGCCAGCCAGGCACAGAUGAAUAAGUGGCUCAGAGUUGUUCACAUAAAUGAUAGUCAGGCACUGUCAGGGAAAAGACUCACUACCCCAAAUAGGAAUACCAGCUGGGUUGAGGUCAGGAAGGAGCCCACCCUUACCCAUAAGAAUGUCAGCCAGGCUGUGCCACAGGAAAAACCCAGAUUUUCUCACAGGAAUGCAAGCCAGGCAUUGCCAGGGAAGCAGGCUGGCUCCCAGCAAAGGAAUAUCAGUCGGGCAGAGGUCAACAAGGAGCACAGACCUUCUCACCAGAAUGCCAGUUGGCCAUUGCCAAGGAAAGACUCCAGUUCUUCCCGCAGAAAUAUCAGUCGGUCACUGGCAGGGGCAGAACAUGGCAUACUGCACAGGAAAGGUGGACAGGCACGAGCAAGAAAUGUGCCUGGUGUCUCCUUCAGAAAUGUCACCCAAACUGAGGCUGUGAAAGAACAAAACGUAUCUCAUAAAAAUGUCUUCAGAGCAGGAGGCACACCAAAACGGCAACCUGCCGUGCCAAAGGAAAGAGAGGUGCCCAUAAUGCCAUCCUUGCCUGUGACCUGCUUGCUUUCUGAACAUGCCAUCGCUUGUGGCAAUGCUCGCCUGAAACACGUGCCCAGGCUGAGUGACACUGCGCUCCGGACCCUCUACCUGGCAGAGAAUGAGAUCACACAUAUCCCAGCUGGGAUUUUCUUGGGGCUGCCCAAUCUAGAAUGGCUGGAUCUCAGCAAGAACAAGCUGGAUUCUGCAGGCCUGCACCCAGAAGCUUUCAAGAAUCUCACCAAGCUGAAGCGCCUAAAUCUGGAUGGGAACGGGCUGUCUGCAGUCCCAGCUUUGCCCAGUUCACUACAAGAGCUAAAGAUGAAUGACAAUAAUUUAGAAGGACUGCAGAGACACAACUUCCGAGGUCUAUUCAAGCUGCUCACCCUGGAGCUGGAGGCAAACCAGCUGCAUGAUGGGAACGUGCCCCCCACCACUUUCAAGCCCCUGAGCAGACUCAUCUACCUGCGACUGGAUCGGAACCACUUUCGAGCCAUCCCGUCAGGUUUGCCUGCCUCUUUGCAGGAGCUGCACCUCGACUCUAAUCGCAUUGAGGAGGUGACCGAGAGUGUCCUCAACAAAACCCUGAACCUAACUGUGCUGGUUCUGAGCAACAACAAAUUGCAGGAAGAUCGCAUUGCUCCACGUGCCUGGAUAAACCUUCCGAAGCUGGAGGCCUUGGACCUGUCUCACAACCGCCUAGUGCAUGUGCCUUCAUUUCUACCCCGGCACCUGAAGCAGCUGACCCUUCAUCACAACCGCAUUGAGCGCAUCCCUGGCUACGUCUUUGCCCAUAUGAAGCCUGGCCUGGAGUUUCUGCAUCUGUCACACAAUGCACUGCGGGACGAUGGCAUCCAUGCCGUCUCCUUCCUGGGGCUCUACCGCUCCCUUGCUGAGCUGCUCUUGGACAACAACCAGCUCCAAGCCAUUCCCCGUGGCAUCCUGAACUUAAAGGGGCUGCAGGUUCUGAGACUGAGCCACAACCGCAUCAGGCAUGUCCCCCUGAACUCUGUCUGUGACACGCGGGUGGCAGAGGACUCGAACAUUGUGUCGAUGCACCUGGAAAACAACUUGAUUGACCGCCACCGGAUCCCGCCCACGGCCUUCUCCUGCAUCAAGGCCUACCACAGUGUAGUGUUGCGGCCGCAACAGAAUGAAGAGGACGACUACUAAAGGUGCCUUGCAGAUCACUCACAACAGCUGUGAGGUGGGCACACAAGCUAUGGGACCAAACACUGUCCCAACCUGGGGGGCAUGGGGAGAGAUAUUGCUCUUCAAGACAUCACAGUGCGGCAGG